AGAAUAUUUCCGAGCAUUUGUUCAUAUCUCAACUUUUCUUCAGCAGGAACAAGACCCAAGAAUAAAAAUGUAUAUAACAAGGACGUUGAUUGUAACCCACUACGUAUUCAACGCCAGAGAAUUCAUACAGGGGAGAAACCCUACAAAUGUGAAGAAUGUGGUAAGGGCCUUAGUUCUUAUAAAACAUUUUCUAUACACCAAAGACUUCACACUGGACAAAAACCCUACCAGUGUAAAGAAUGUCAUAAGGCCUUCAAUACGCGCUCAUCACUUUUUAUACACCAGAAAAAUCAUACUAAUGAAAAAACCUACAAGUGUGAAGAAUGUGGCAAAUCAUUUUACUAUCCUUCAAUGCUGAAGCAACAUCAGAGAAUUCAUUCUGGAGAGAAACCUUGCAAGUGUGAAGAAUGUGGCAAAGCCUUUUAUGUUCCUUCAUUCCUCCAGGCACAUCAACGAAUUCAUGCUGUGGAGAAAUCAUACAAGUGUGAAGAGUGUGGCAGAUGUUUUUCCUUAUUUUCAUACCUUAAACAACAUCAGGUGGUUCACUCUCAAGAAAAUCCAUAUAAGUGUGAGGAGUGUGGGAAAAGGUUUUACUGUUUUGUAAAGCUUCAAGACCAUCAGAAAAUUCACACUGGGGAGAAAUCAUACAAGUGUGAAGAAUGUGGCAAAUGUUUUUACUUAUCUUCAUCUCUUCGGCGACAUCAAACAAUGCACCGUAAAGACAAACCCUACAAGUGCAAAGAGUGUGGCAGAUGUUUUUACUCAUUAGCAUCUUUUAGACGCCAUAAAAAAAUCCACUCUGAAUAUAAUCCUUAUACAUGUGUACAAUGUGGCAAACGGUUUUCCUAUUCUAGGAAUCUUCAAGACCAUCAAACGGUUCAUACUGGAGAGAAACCAUACAAGUGUGAAGAAUGUCAGAAAGCCUUUCAUUGUCACUCGUCCCUUAGGAGGCACAAGGAAGUUCAUAAUGGAGAGAAACCCAACCAGAGUGAAGAUUGGGACAGAUGUGCUUCCUCAUCUUCACGCCUUAAACAACAUAAAAGAAAAAGGAAAAUUCAUUCUGAAGACAAUCCCUAGUAGUGUGCAGAAUGCAACAAAGACUUUGUAAAUCUUUAUAUUUUACUCAACACAUGA